AUGAGUGACAGGCUAGCGAGGUACAUCACAGUGAGCUCGAGCGAGGAAUCGUCUGUCGAAGAUCGAUAUGACGCAACUUCGUUUGGCAGCCAAUUCGAUUCUGAUUCUUCGGACAGCGAAAACGAGACCUACAAGGGGAUGUUCUCAUACGAUUCGGAGCAGGAAUCACAAAUUUCUUUGACACCAGGUGAAGAAUACGUUCUUGACACUCUCUUCGGUUGGAUGGAUCGACCUCUCUGUGCCGCUCCUACUGCAGGGCAAUCCCUGCUGCUUCAAAGCGCUCGAGCUUCAGCAUUGCAAAACAUCACGGCCAACCGACCUUUAUACAUAAAAGCGCAUGCAGAGAAUCCAGAGAUUGAUAGUGAUAGUGAUUCUGAUACCGACUCCUUCAUCACACAAGAAGUCGAGGAAUACUCGGAGGGUCCAGAAGAAAGCUAUAGUGAGGCGCAAGUUGCCGAUCUUGCCCGUUCCAACUUCAGCGAAGUAGACGACUACGAUAUGGAAGAAAGCGAAGGUCCACAACUGGAACUGGAAAUGGAAUAUGAAGAAGAGCGAAAAAAAGGUGACGAAUCCAAGCAGCCAAAGUCGCCAAAGUCGCCAAAGCAUUCAAAGCCGCAGCGCAAGGUGAAGCCCUCGGUUGCAAGUCCUCGGGGUACCAAACAGAAAGCUGUCGAAGCAAGUGACAUCAACCUCUUUCAUUCUGAGAGCCAGGAUGAAUCCGAUUCGGACGAGGUGGUUAACCACCCAGCUGGGUCGGAGGACGAAAUCAGCGCUGCACAUCGCGUCUCUUUCUUGAAGACUGUUAUGAAAAAGAAAGAGCGAAAGGCAAAGAGUGAGGUAAUGCCAUCCAACGUCUUCGAACCACCGAGCAAGAAGAUGUCCAAAGCUGCCAGAAAACCAGUACCAGUCGAGGUGAAGAUUUUAGGGGGGAAAGCUGCUGGCGUGCCAGCCGAUGUAAAGGUCGUUGCCUCUUCCAAAAAAGCACAGUCGAAGGUUCCACAAAAGUCGAGUGAAACGCCUGAGAAGAAUUCGUCCGAGGUUCCCGCUGAGAUACCUUUGGAAGUUUCAGUAGCUGUGGUUACUGAAACAGCAACAAGCGUACCAAUAGAAAUUCAAACAAAAGCAGAAAAGCCGAAAAAGACACGGGGUAGAUCUCCAUCGAAGCCUCCACCCAUCAAUGUGGAUGAAAUCAACGAUGAAAUGGUUGACAUGGAGGUCGAAAAGAGUCCUUCGCUGGAAUUUCUCGCUGCAAAGAUCGUUCAGCAGUCAAAUACCCCUCGUAACCGUUCCAACCGAGAUCCAACUCCGACACGUCGAGAUGCCCGAAGCAUUUCGAUGGAAGAGAAAGAUGUCAAACCAGAUACAGAUCAACAAGUCCAGGAUAAGCAGGUACAAGAGAUCGUAGAAAUAGAUCUGGUAGCAUCAAGAGAGCCUCCAAUGGUAUACGCUCCUCGCUCUCCUCAUGAGAAGAAAACCAAGGAAAGCGAGCCGAUUCGAGAACCAAGAAGAAACUCCAGACCUGACCCAACAGACGUUUCGGAGCCAAUUGUGCACCCGGAACCUGUUGCCGUAUUGGAAGAAGCAAUUUUUGUCGCAGCAAAGGCAGAGCCGAAAGCUACCCGAGCAAAGCGACUAUCUUCAAAGAAGAAAUCGAAGAAAAAGAAGUUCUCUAAUGUUCAUCCCGGCCAACCACAACAACAAGAAGAGGUAGGGGCUUUUUCGCAAGUCGGAGAAAUAGGACCAGUGGGAUCCAUCACCGUUGAGGAACUAAAGGAAACUCUCUCUGAGCUUUCUCAUCCUCAAAUUCAGCAAAAUCAACCAAGAGUCAAGGAGGAGCCGCGGCAUGUCAGAGGCCGCUCCGUCGAUCUCUCUAAUACAGAACAGAAUUAUGUCCAAGCCCGGUCGCCGCAACCUGUGGAGGGACACCAACUGCCAUUAAGGCAUAUGAGGACUUCCUCCCGUGGCAAUAUGGAUCCAUUGGCUCAGUCAAUAGAUGAUGCACUAGCGUUGCGCAAGUCUCAGGAGAGAUUGGCUCCGGUGCCUCAUAGCUCACCUCGACAGCCCCAUGAGUCAUCACCACGAGCGACCCAAAAUAUUAUUCAAUACGGCUCACCACUUCCUACCAACAAUCAAGACAACCCAAUUGAUAUCGAAGAAUACAUGGCACAAAGAGAGAUGCUUAAUCGUGAAGCACCUAGAGCAGGUCUCAGUGAUACUGCUGCUCCUAUUGUCAGGACAACCGAUUCCCCUCCUAUCGCAGUCCGCGAGGAAAUGGAAAGUCCUCGACAGCCGGUAUCACCUCGAACCCCCCGCCGCCGCGUGCGGCCGGAAGUUGCACUUGGGCAGCACGGUGGUGCCGCUGAUUUGCCUGUUAUUCCCAAUGGCAAGAACAAUGGCAAAAACCCCAAGCACCGAAACUACUACUUUGGCGAGCAGGGUUCCCGACAAACCAGCACUCGCCACAAGGCGGGUAUUCGACAACCCAAACAAUAUGAUGCGCUCAACCGGAACGAUCCGGCUGGCCAUAUUAUUGACCAUCAGUAUGACACCAAGAAGAAGAGCAAGAAGAGUUCUUCUGGGAAGAGUAAGUCCAAUUUGGCCUCGAUUGAUGACUUGAAACAGUUGGAGAAGAGGAUAGAAGAGCACUUCCGCAAUAGUCGUGGUGAUGGUGGGGAGAAUGAUAUUCGGUCAACCGUAUCUACCAAGGAAUUGCGCAAGCUCGAACGCCAGCUGGUUCUUCAACUCCGUCGCGUGGAAGAAAAGCGAGCCGCCAAGCUGGAGCGUCUCCGCAGCAAGAAGAAGAGCAGCCGCCGCCAAAAAGGCAUUGUCGAAGCGGAGGUGAUUGCCGUGGAACCAAAGGACGAAACUAUUCGCUUGAGCCAAAAAUCGCACUCUAAAAAUUCAGGCGAUGCUAACCGCUUCAAACAAUUGCAAGCCUUGCGAAUGUCGAAGGAGAUGGGUCGCUAUAUGAGCAAACAACCUGGAAACCCUGCUGCUACUGUCAGUCGUCAUUUCCAAGGCCAAGCCUACUAA